CAGACUUGCUGCUUGAGUUAGGUGCAAUAAAAUUGUGUUAUCAGUAGCGAGGAGGGCAGGCCCUGUGUGCUGGGACCCGCCCUGGGCCAUGCUGUCCAGGAGCCUGCUCCUUCCCUCUGCUCUUCAGAGCCCAGCAGCAGAGGGGGCCGGGCCAAGGGGCCACUGCCCCACCCUGUGCACAUCAAAGCUGGCCCCAACAAGCCAGGCGUGGUGGUGGACACUCCAGCCAGGGACCUAGCAAGGGCCCAGGGCAAGGCCUUUCCCUCUGAGCCUUGCGACCCUUCUCACCACUGUCCCUCCUGUCAAAUGUGACCCUGUGAGUGGUGGUCCUAGUGACUGAAAAGCCCUGAGCACAGAGCGGCCGAGCAGCAGCUAGAGGCUGGAGUGCUCCCUGGCCCCUAGUCCCCAGGCCCCAGUCCCGGAGCUGUAUUUGUACACUUCAGCUCUUUGCCGCAGCGCUCAAUGCGGAGACUCCGUCCGGCUCCCUGGCUCUGCUCGUUCGUGGCUGCCCCUCCCCCCAUGGCCAGAUGGUGCCUCUGACUCACUCCUGUGUACCCCACUCCUCCCCCACACCACAUCCCUUUUGAUGGCUGUGGAGUUUCCCAGCCUGCUCUUUCUUGGCGUUGCCCCUCCUGCUCCAGAGAACCUCAUCUGUGGGUUCCCUCUGCACCCCAAGAAGUACCCCCAUUGCUUCUCCAGCCACACUGGCUUCAGGGCUAAACUGAGACCCCUGCUGCCAGGGCCAGGGCCAGGGCCAGUGUGAGGCUCCUUGGAGUUGUCACCCGGUCCCGUCCUCUGACUCUACCCCCGAUCCUGCCUGCCCUGCGCAGAGCCCACAGCGGUACCAACCCAAGCCUGCUUGCAGACCUCACCUAGCUCCGCUCCAUCCUCCCUCGUGGCACUGGCCACUACCUCCAGAAGAGGUCAGCAGCCAGCGAGGGGUCGCUUGGGUGGCCGUAGUCCCUGGCUGGCAGGUGCCAGGCCAGAAGCCUUCAGCCUCACCACAGUGCUUCCACCUACCACAUGGGGUAAAGAGGAGGGCUCCAGUUGGCACCCGGGGAGGGGAGCCAUGAGGGCCCUGCAGGGCUGAGGAGCAGCUGACACGAGGGACUCAGGGGAUAAGCCUGGCCCAGGGACAGGCAGCCCCAAGCCGAGACCUCGGCCCCUGUGCCCCGAGAGUCCAGGAGGCAGGGAGAGUGCAGCAUAGGUAGGAACAGAGACCCCAUGGCAGGGAUGGGACAGGCCCACGGGCAGUCCCCUCCCUCAGCACCAGUACCUCAAGAUUUAUUUCUGGCUUUCCAACCACCCCCAAACUAUUUGGGGCAAGAGGAAGAAAAUAGUCAGUUACUUCCUCCUGACCCCUUUAUACCUCCCCACCCAGCCUUCUUUGACCCCUGAGCGUCUGACCAUGAGACUCCAGGAAAGCAGUACCCCCCCACGCCCAGCGUGCCCGCAGAGGGGAGGGCGGGGCCCCCAUUUAAGGAGGGAGAAGGGCUGCAGAGGGACAGAAAAACACAGGAGCUAGAAGUAGCGCUACAGGGAGGCCGGCAGUGGGACGGAGCUGGGGACCUGCGAGACCAGGCCGACUCUGAUAGCAGGGAGAGGAGGGGACGGCAAGACGGGAAGCGAUACCAGCCCCUCCCGAGUCAUGGCCCGGCUGGCCCUGUGCCUCUUCGCCCUGGCCCCCAUCCUCUGGAGCCUGGCAGCCUCCCUGGCCUGGAAGGCAGCCUCGGGCCAGGACCCCUUCGAGAAAUGCACUCACGAUCCUGACUAUGAGCAGCUGCUCAAGGUGGUGACCCUGGGCCUCAAUCGGACCCUGCAGCCCCAGAAGGUGAUCGUGGUUGGCGCUGGCGUGGCAGGGCUGGUGGCCGCCAAGGUGCUCAGUGAUGCUGGACACAAGGUCACCAUCCUGGAGGCAGAUAACAGGAUCGGGGGCCGCAUCCUCACCUUCCGGGAUCCCAAGACUGGCUGGUCUGGGGAGCUGGGAGCCAUGCGCAUGCCCAGCUCCCACAGGAUCCUGCACGCGCUCUGCAAGAGCCUGGGACUCAACCUGACGAAAUUCACCCAGUAUGACGAGAACACAUGGACGGAAGUGAACGGCGUGAAGCUGCGGAACUACGUGGUGGAGAAGAUGCCUGAGAAGCUGGGCUACAAACUGCGCCCCCAGGAGAGGGGCCGCUCCCCAGAGGACAUCUACCAGAUGGCUCUCAACAGGGCCCUAAAAGAUGUCAAGGUGCUGGGCUGCAGAAAGGCUCUGAGGAAGUAUGAAGGGUACACGCUCCUGGAGUACCUCCUCGGGGAGGGCAACCUCAGCCGGCCGGCCGUGCAGCUUCUAGGAGACGUGAUGUCCAAGGAUGGCUUCUUCUACCUCAGCUUCGAAGAAGCCCUGCGCGCUCACAGUUGCCUCAGCGAUCAGCUCCGGUACAGCCGCAUCGUGGGCGGCUGGGACCUGCUGCCGCGCGCCUUGCUGAGCUCGCUGUCCGGGCCCCUGCUGCUGAACGCGCCGGUCGUGGCGCUGACCCAGGGCACGCAGGACGUGCGGGUGCACGUCGAGACCCUGCCGACGUCGAGUGGGUCGAACAACCUGAAGGCGCUGACCGCCGACCUGGUGCUGCUCACGGUCAGCGGCCCGGCGCUGCAGCGCAUAGAGUUCUCGCCGCCACUGACGCGCAAGCGGCAGGAGGCGGUGCGCACGCUGCACUACGUGCCGGCCACCAAGGUGUUCCUGAGCUUCCGCCGUCCCUUCUGGUACGACGAGCACAUCGAGGGCGGCCACUCGAACACCGACCGCCCGUCGCGCACUAUAUUCUACCCGCCGCCGGGCGAGGGCGCGCUGCUGCUGGCCUCCUACACCUGGUCGGACGCCGCCGCCGCGUUCGCGGGCCUGAGCGUCGAGGAGGCGCUGCACCAGGCGCUGGGCGACGUGGCGGCGCUGCACGGGCAGCAGGUGUACCGGCUCUGGGAUGGCACCGGCGUCGUCAAGCGCUGGGCCGAGGACCCGCACAGCCAGGGUGGCUUCGUGAUGCAGCCUCCCGUGCUCGGGCAGACCGACGAGGGCGCCGAGCCCUACGACUGGUCGGCCCCCUACGGCCGCAUCUACUUCGCCGGCGAGCACACAGCCUACCCGCACGGCUGGGUGGAGACGGCCGUCAAGUCGGCGCUGCGGGCCGCCGUGAGGAUCAACAGCCCUGAGCAGCACAGCCGCGCGGAGUUCGCCCCGGAGGAGCUGCAGGCCGAGCGAAGGGCCGCCCCGGCCUGGCGCCUCCCGCGCCCCGCCCGCCGGGGGACCCCGCAUUAAAGUAUUUUCCGACGAAG